GGGAGCGGAGGCGUUCCCGCCCUCGCCAAUGGGACGCCGAGUGAGGCGGGCCUUGACAAACCGCCCUAGUAACAGCCGCAUGGUAACCCAGGUGCUGGGCGUGUGGUACUUGCUCCCGGUUUUCCACGCAGGCUGUGGCUCCCGGCGUCUGCAAGAUGAAGAUUGAGGAGGUGAAGAGCACCACGAAGACGCAGCGCAUCGCCUCCCACAGCCACGUGAAGGGGCUGGGGCUGGACGAGAGCGGUCUGGCCAAGCAGGCGGCCUCGGGGCUCGUGGGCCAGGAGAACGCACGAGAGGCAUGUGGUGUGAUAGUAGAAUUAAUCAAAAGCAAGAAAAUGGCUGGAAGAGCUGUCUUGUUGGCAGGACCUCCUGGAACUGGCAAGACAGCUCUGGCUCUGGCUAUUGCUCAGGAGCUGGGCAGUAAGGUCCCCUUCUGCCCAAUGGUGGGGAGUGAAGUUUACUCCACGGAGAUCAAGAAGACGGAGGUGCUGAUGGAGAACUUCCGCAGGGCCAUUGGGCUGCGGAUAAAGGAGACCAAAGAAGUUUAUGAAGGCGAAGUCACAGAGCUGACUCCGUGUGAGACAGAGAACCCCAUGGGGGGAUACGGGAAGACCAUUAGCCAUGUGAUCAUAGGACUAAAAACGGCCAAAGGAACCAAACAGCUGAAACUGGAUCCCAGCAUUUUUGAAAGUUUGCAGAAAGAGCGAGUAGAAGCUGGAGAUGUGAUCUACAUCGAAGCCAACAGUGGGGCUGUGAAGAGGCAGGGCAGGUGUGAUACCUACGCCACAGAAUUCGACCUUGAAGCUGAAGAGUAUGUCCCCUUGCCAAAGGGGGAUGUGCACAAGAAGAAAGAAAUCAUCCAGGAUGUGACCUUGCAUGACUUGGAUGUGGCCAAUGCACGGCCCCAGGGCGGACAAGACAUCCUGUCUAUGAUGGGCCAGUUAAUGAAGCCAAAGAAGACCGAAAUCACAGACAAACUUCGAGGGGAGAUUAACAAGGUGGUGAAUAAGUACAUCGAUCAGGGCAUCGCUGAGCUGGUUCCAGGUGUGCUCUUUGUUGAUGAAGUCCACAUGCUGGACAUCGAGUGCUUCACCUACCUGCACCGGGCCCUGGAAUCUUCUAUUGCCCCCAUCGUCAUCUUUGCAUCCAACCGAGGCAACUGUGUCAUCAGGGGUACUGAGGACAUCACCUCUCCUCACGGCAUCCCCCUUGACCUUCUGGACCGCGUGAUGAUCAUCCGGACCAUGCUGUACACCCCACAGGAAAUGAAACAGAUUAUUAAAAUCCGAGCCCAGACAGAAGGGAUCAACAUCAGUGAGGAGGCGCUGAACCACCUGGGGGAGAUUGGCACCAAGACAACUCUGAGGUACUCGGUGCAGCUCCUGACCCCGGCCAACUUGCUGGCCAAGAUCAAUGGGAAGGACAGUAUCGAGAAAGAGCACGUGGAGGAGAUCAGUGAGCUCUUCUAUGAUGCCAAGUCCUCGGCCAAAAUCCUGGCUGACCAGCAGGAUAAGUACAUGAAGUGAGACAGCCGAGUUGGCUGCGAGACACUCCGGGCGAGCCUGGCCUCGGGUCCGGCGGGAGGCCGCCCUGCACUUGGGCUCUGUCCCCACUCAGCCGCGGUCGGGAACGACAUCAGUUCAGCGUGGAAAGUGUUUCUUUGUAAAUUAUCAUAACUUCUGUGGUUGCUUUGAAGGAACCCUGCUUCACCUGGAAUGUUUUCUAAUAAACCCUUGUAGGUUAUUUUGA